UACAAUUUUUUUGCAUUUAUAUUUCACAAGUUUUUUUAAUCCAAAAAUCUUUUAUAAUGUGCUAAAUUACUUGUUUCAGUUAUACAAUUUAAUCUGCACUGAAGCAAUUAAUUACUUUUUAAAUUUAAUUUUCAUUAAUUUCUGAAAUGCCUUACUAUUAAAUCAUAUUUUAUCAGAUUAAAAAGUUUUCUUAAUUUUAAGGUGUAAAAAUUAUUUUAAAUUGUAUAGUUACAAACAAAUAAGCAACAAAAUAUGAAAUUGGACACAUCAUCUCAUAGAGUAUAAUAAUUAAUUCUAUGAAUUCACAUGAAUUGAAUAUUGUGUAAGCAUUUGUGCUUAAUAUGUCAUAUGGUGGAAGCAGUGGACAAGAAAGUGAUAAAAAUGGGUUUUCAUACAUUGAUGACAUUCCAGUUAAAAUUAUUGAAAAAUACAAGCCUCCCAAAAAGAUAGCAUUACCUGGUGUACUACAACAUAAGCCUACAUCUAAUGCAUUAAAAACCCAGUAUGAUUUUAAUUUGGAAAAAAAUGUACUUGAGAAAAUGACAAUAUGGAGCAAAAUGAGAGAAGAAGCUCAAACUAAACGCCAUUCACAGGCUGCUGAGUUCAAAACACAAGAUUAUUUAGAUUUAGAUAAGUUGACGCUAUUAAAUCCAACACAACCACAAAAUACUCAAGUUUUACAACCAAUACCUGCUCAACAAAUGAACUUUAAAAUGUCUUCAUAUGACACCAUGCUCACAAAAAAUAUAAAUAUAUCAGAUUUCGAGUCCGAUACAUCCAGUCCAUUUGACAACAUGGAAUUAAAAACUAUUAAUGAUUUAGAAGAAUUAGCUUCUGUCUUAAAACCAACAUCAACUUACAGUAAUACCAAUAUUAAAAAUGUUCAACCAUCUGAUAUAAAUGUGUCUCAAUAUUAUCCAAAACCUAUUUACAAUAAUUAUCCAGAACAUUUUAGUAGCAAUGAAUUUUUACAUAGUCCUAAUACUAAAACAAACCAGACUAUUAGUUCUAUUCGCAUGUCCAAUUUAAAUGUUUUUGAUGAUAAAAAUAAUAAAGCAGAUUUGCCACCUGUUACUAUGCCAAAUAUUUUAUUACAAUUGGAAGCUGAUUUAAAUACUUCAAAGUUUAAUGAUGAAUCACCAAAUGAUCCACAAAAAUCUCAACCACACAUUACAACAAAUGGGUCUAAAUCACCUACAUGUUCAUUUCCUAAUCCAUACAGAUCACUUUCUCCAACUAGCCAAUGUCUUGCUGAUCAAAUGCAUCAAAUGGGCUUUUCUUUAUCGCGUGCUGCACGAGCGUGUAAACUAUUUGGUAAAGAUGAAUCAAAGGUGAUAGAGUUUUUAAUUCAAAUACAUUCCAUUGAGGAGACUAGUGGUUAUACUGCUGAUCGUGUAGAACAAGCAUUGGUGGUUAAUAAUUUUAACGCUGAUCAUGCAAUUACUUUUCUUAAAAAUGUUGAUAGGCUUAUUGAUUUUGGAUUUCGAGAAGAAAAUAUAUGCAGUGCAUUAGUGAAGUGCAAUAACGAUCCUGAUAAAGCACUUGAUAGUCUUGUGUCUUAUUAAGUAAAAUAAUAUGCACGAGAAUACAUUAACCUGUACGAUAACUAUGUAUUGUUCAGAAUUAUCAUUGACAGCCAAACAGGUGUGUUCGAUUUAUUGUGAUAUAUACAUUAAAAACGUGUUACAAAAAUUGAAACAUAUUUUAAAAUGGUAUACAUGUAUAAUUAUUAUAAUAAUCUUUUUAUUUCAUGUAAUGAUCGCUUUACACUGCUUUAUGUUCCCUACUUAUAUUCUGUUAUAAAAUUUUAGUAUAAUAUGAAUGAUUUUAUGUAUACAUAUUUUUACUAUAUAAAUUUUUAUUAUUUUAUUUUUAGAGAAAAUAAUUAUAUAAUUAAUAUACAUGUGUACCUUAAAUGUUACUUUUUUUGUUAAAUUACGUAUUACCUUUUCUCUUAUAAUUUAUUAUAUUUUUUUAUUAUUAAAAA